AUAGCCUAGACAUUGCUUUUUUUUUCUCUCUGUACGCGUGAAAGCGUGGUUUCUGGCGUGCAUGCAGGCGUGUGACAGCCGUGUGUUUUCAGUGAAGUAAAUACAGAGACAGCGUCUAAUUAUGGCGGAACUAGUUCAGAAAAACAUUGAGGGCUUCAUACCUGAAUUGGAGCAAAUGGAAAGGACUGGUCUGGUCACCAGAGAUCAAGUCAGAGAGAUCCUGAGGCGGAGGAAACGGUUCGAAUAUCGCCUGCGUCGAAGGAAGAAGUCCAAAGAAGACUUCUUGACUUACAUACAGUAUGAGCUGAACCUGUAUGAGCUGCUUCAGAAGAGAAGAGCGAGGCUUAGAAUCACAGAUAAGAGACCCGAGAUUGAUCACAUGAUUGCAAGGAGAAUCAACAAGCUGUUUAAGAAGGCUGUGCUCAUGUUCAGUGGCGACUCAAAGCUGUGGCUUUCGCACAUUGAUUUCUGUGUACGCAUGGGUUGGAACCAUGUAGUGGGAACACUUUAUACCCGCAUGCUAAAUCUCCACAGUCACAGGCCAGAGAUCUGGGUGGCUGCUGCAAAGUGGCAGCUUGAGUGCAACUCCUCUCCUGAAAUGGCACGCAAGCUUCUUCAAAGGGGGUUGCUGUUCAACAACAAGUCAUUCCUGCUUUGGCAUGAGUACUUCCGAAUGGAGCUGAUUUUUGUUGACAAGAUGAGAAAAAGAAAGGAAGUGCUUUGCAUUGAGGAGAAAGAGGAUGAUGCAGAAGCUCAAGAUGCUGUCCUCAAGGCCAAAAUCCCUUCCCUCAUCUAUGAUGCUGCUGUCAAGUCCAUUCCAGACAUUGAGUUCGCCUUGUCCUUUCUGCCAAUCUGUGAUGCCUUUGACUUUGCUCACCACUUGGCAGAGCGGAUACUGGAAGAUGUGCAGAGUCGGCAUCCUAAUGAAGAGCGGGUGUGGGAUGCUGUGGCGAGGAGGCAGCUCUCAAGCAAGCAUGGAACCAUGAGUGUUGUUGAAAAUGUUGUAUGCAGUGAAAAAAGAGGUGCUGCAGCAGCUAGAGCCAUUUUCGAACAAGCUCUUGUACGACUCCCAACAGAGACAAUGUGGAAGCUCUAUAUUGAGUUCCAAUUGGAACUUUUGGAGCAGUCCAGCAGUGAGAAACAAGCAGCAAAGAGGCUACGCCAAGUGGUAAACCUGAUGCAGAGGGCUUCAAAUGAAGAACUACUGACAUUUGAACACCACCAGGAAUGGGUGAAGCUCCUGCAAAGCUGCAAAGAACAUGAUGCUGCUUUGGCCUGUGCUCAGGCUAGUGUCAAAAGGUGGCCAAAGUCCGUUGAAGCUUGGCUUCUGCUGCUUGAGUUGCUCAUUGCAAGAGGACCUGGGGCUGAAGAUGCAUUAAAAGCUUUUGAAGAGGCCCUGUCUGCCAUACCGAAACAGGAGUCUCUGCCAGUUUGGAAACGAGCCAUAGAAUUUCUGUCAUCAGAAGUCCCAGAGGAAACAAUACCUUUUCUUGAGAAAGCAUUGUUCUACCCAAAUGACGUGUGCACAUGGGCAAAGGAGAAACUCCUGGAAUUGAAAUCUUUGUACCAUGGCUACAAUGCGGCACGGAAGUUCUACAAAAGAAUGCUGAACCUCAAACCCGUAUCGGUGAACUUUUUCCAACGCAUGAUUGACUUGGAGAAUUCCAGAGCACAACCAGAUGCAGACAAGUUGAGGAGCUACUUUGAACAUGCAGUAGCUGAGUUUGGAGAAUCAAAUGUUGAUGUCUGGAUGAAGUACAUCCUGUUUGAGCUAAAACACCCAGAAGGAAAGCCUGAGCAAGCUGGUGUCCUCUACCACAGGGCUGUGAAGAUGCUUCAUGAUGACCUCACUGAUCACUUCAUUUCCGCUUACUCUUUGAUGGAUACUAGUAAAUCGUAAAUGAGUGGCUAGCGUGGUGAUUUUAAUUGUAAUUUACUGCUGCACCUGCCA